AACAGUGUGAAUGAUAUACUAUUGUCAACGUUUUUCGCUUAAAAAAAGUUCUUGAAAUGUCCUAAUCAGUUUUAAACCUUUCAAAACUCUAUGGAGAGCUUCUUUGAGUAUAUGAAACUGAAUUAUUUUGUAGACUAUGAGCUUCAAGAAAUCAAGGAUAUUACAGAGGCUAUUCUGGAUUGUUUGGAAGAUUUCAAGACGGAGUUUAAUAAAAAUGAAGAAUGUGGUGUAAAAAUAGAAAAGAUCUUUCUUUGUGGAAGUAUGUCGGAACAGACGUCCAUUUGGUUGGGAAAACACAACUACCAGAUAUGGAAAGAUGAUAAGGAUUCACUAAGUCAGCUUAUUACUACAUCUUUAACAGAUUUCAGUUGCUUAGAAUUUGACAUCCUCGCAAUUCUCAAGCCGUUAACUGUUGACAUGGAAACAGUUUCAACUUGUGCAGGACAUGCAAAAAUCGAAAGUAAGAUGUACUUAAAUGAACUAACCCUUAAUGAUUUACGAACUAAAUCAUCACAAUCGAACGAACCAGAUGAUCUUGAAGCAGUGAAUGUUUUUGAAAGGCCUUGGAAAGUAGUUAACUAUGAAUUUCACAAUGGGAUGCUUUCAACAGUAAAAAAGCGAUUACACGGAAAUCGAUGCUUUAAAAAGGAGACUGACUCUGGUAUCUGUACUUUGGAGUUUCUUGAUUCUCAUACCGAGGCUAAUCCGUUAUUCAUAUGGAUAAAUAAAAACAAUCAGAAAAAUAUUGUCGGCAAAAUAGACUUUUUGCCUGCCUUUGCGACAACUCACAUGUCUGUGACAACUUUUAUUGUUGCGAAGCCAUGCACUCAUCUUAUGUCUAUAUCGGAAUGUAGCAUAAGUUCAUAUUGUGACAGCAACUGCAAAGAACAAUGUUGGAGAGUCUCCCAAAGUAUUGAAGAAAUGGCCUGCAUUCGAAACUCUACUCGACAUCACCGGGAUCUCUACAGAACAUUUAAAGUAUUUUGUGACAAAGCUACUAGACAUAACUAUCUGAGUAAAAGACUAUUUGAUAAAACUGUUUCGUCUUCAUUGUUGAUUCCCACUUCUUAUCAUAUUAAAACGGUAUUCUUACACCACAUUAAAGACUGCAAUUCAAAUGACAUUACCUAUUGCUUCUGUGAAAUACUGAUAAAACUGAAGCAGCUCACAGAUCGAGGAAGUAUAUUGAAUUGGAAUUGCACAUAUGAACUUGUAGUAGACUGGUACGAAAUAUAUUUCUUUUAUAUUCUUUGGAAGAUAUUUUAUCAUGUUCAACACAAAUCACCAUUGGAAUUGGAACUUAAAAAAUGUCCAUACGAACUUUUGACAGUUAUUGAAGAAAAGAUUUCGGUUCUUACAUCAUGUUUUUUAGAAGGGAAAAUAAGCAAUGCCGAUUUCGAAAAAGGUUUAGAAAGCAUCUUAGCUUUUCCAUUAUUGGACUAUGCCAUGGGAAUUAUUCACUUAGAUAAAGAAAUGGUGGCAAGUGAUCGAUGCGAUUUUGAGCUAGAAAAACGAGCUAAAGUAUAUGUGUGUAAAGGAGUUGGGGUAGACCGUGAUCGAUGCGAUCCAAAGACUAAACUUAAUAGAGGUCACAGUGAAAAUGACCUAACUGUACUAACUAAUUAUUUUGAUGACAAAAACUUUGACAAACAUUGGGAGAAUAUCUUUUGGCGAUUAAAGACGAAUGGUUUUCCGACGGAAUCUCUAACUCGGCAUAUAAAAAUAUCAAAAAACCAAACUGACGUGUUUACUUAUACAGAAGAUGACAUUUUACCAUAUGCUAGUUCUGAAAAAGAAUGGAUUGUUGCUAUAAUACGUGAAGAUAAUGAUUACUGGUACGAUCGUUUGCAAGAAACUUUUGUUUUAUUUAGUAACACUGUGGAUGUCAGUGGCAGAUAGUGAAAUUUUCAAAUGGAGGGCCCACUGACUGCAUGCCUCAGAGGGGGCCCACUCCAUUCAUUUUCAAGAACUUCAUUUAUCAAAUUGAAGAGAAAAAUCGAUAUACAAAUCAUGUUAUACGAAUUGAAAUUUUUCACAUUAUAUUAAACAAUUCAAAACUUUUUCAAACAAGUGAUAUUUGUAUUUGAUACCACGAAUUUUUCAUGUACCUAUUUCCCCAACAUUGAUGUAAAACAACCAGGAAAUUUUAAAUUUUUACCUUUAUCCUACUUGAUACUAUUGUGUGAUUACCUGAACGUUUUUUUUAAAGUCAAUAUCAUAAAAAUAAAGAGAUGUGGCAUGAAUGCUAUUCUGACAACCAUACAUCAGAGUUAAAUUGAAGAUGUAGUAUAAGUAAGGAAUAACGCCAUCAAACAAUGAGAAUAAUACAUAGAAAUAUCGGUUUUGUUAUCUUCCUUUCAUAAUGAAUACAUUGAUUUCAUUGUAAGUCCAAAGCGUAAGAAAUGACGAUUUAUAUUGUCAUCAAGUGAACCUACCCUAGGAAUAGAGUAUCGGUGUAGCAGUACCUGGCAAACCCUUUCCGAAUGUUCGGUCCUCAUUUUUUUCCUCUUUGUCGUAAAACUCAUUAUAAUGUUUCGUUUUUCUUUGUUGGUUUGUAAUUAUAAUAGGUUAAAUAAAAAACAAAACGGUUCAGCAGUCAAC